AUGGCGACCGUGAGCGGCGAUGCGCCAGUAGCCACGGCCAAGACUUCGAGCCCACAACACUUCAUGUACACGAGCGGAGAGACGGACCCUGUCUGGAUUCACCACUUGCCGUACAAGAGCAUCCCCAAGUUCCCCAAGCUUGACAAGGACCUCGAGACGGACGUCUGCAUUGUCGGCGCCGGCAUCUCCGGUGUCUCAGUUGCUUAUGAGCUCGUCACUCGUGGCCUGAACGUCGUCUUGAUCGAAGGCCGAGAGGUACUUUCAGGUGAAACUGGACGUACCAGCGGUCAUCUCGCCAACGACCUAGACGACGGCUACACUGCGAUUGCGAAGAAGCACGGGGACAAGGGCGCAAAGGCGGCCGCCGAAUCACAUACCUGGGCGCUCAACCGCGUCGGCGAGAUCUCCAAGCAGCUGGGCAUUGAGUGCGAGUACCGCCAUCUUCCCGGCUACGACUUCUCGCAAUACCCCAAAGACUCAAAGGACCAUGCGAGCGACAUCAAGACUCUCAUCGAAGACGGCGACAAGGCGAAGGCGCUCGGUAUCCCCACGGAAUACAAGGAGGGUUUCAAGCUCAAGGGAUGGGAAGGCAGCAUUGAUCAAAGCGAUGCCGUCAUAUACCCACAGCAGGCGACGUUCCAUCCCACCAAGUACGUUGUUGGUGUGCUCGAUUUUCUCAAGCAGCAGUCCAACUUCUCGUGCUACACCAACACUCGAUGCAUCGACGUGCAGGAGAAGGGCGUAGAGAUCAUGGGCAUGGGCCACAAAGAUGUCUACGUCAAGACAGCCGACGGAAACACCAUCAAGUGUGCUGAUGCCGUCGAGGCUACUUGUGUCCCGCUUCAGAAGCUCUCUGUCAUUGCCGAGGAGGAGUACUUCCGCACCUACUGCAUUGCUAUUCGCGUGCCCAAGGGUUCAGUCGAAGACGCCCUAAUCUACGAUUCGGCCGAAAUCUACAAGUACAUACGUCUCACCGAGUGUGACGAGAAGGAUGACUACAUGGUCGUAGGUGGAGGUGACCACAAAGUUGGCCAAGCCGACACCGUCGCACCCUUCAAGGAGCUUGAAGAAUGGACACGCGCCCGCUUCCCACAAGCAACCACAAUCGAUUACAAGUGGAGUGGUCAGGUCUUCGAGCCCGUCGACCACAUGGCGUUCAUCGGCAAGAACCAAGGAAACAAGCACAUCUACAUCAUCACCGGUGAUUCUGGCAACGGUCUGACUCACGGCGUCCUCGCCGGAAAGCUUAUCGCAGACUCGAUCACUGAGCAACCCAAUUCCUGGAUCGCCGCCUACGACCCCAAGCGUCUAGCUUCCAUCGCAAAGUCCGCAACCAGCAUGAUCAGCCACGACCUCCAGAUCAACGCCCAGUACAAGCGCUUCGCUCAGUCGGAUAUCAAAGACAUCGAAGACCUCGUACCCGGUGAGGGCGGUGUUCUCAACACCAACCCCACUAACCCGCUCGCUGUGUACAAGGAUGAGGGUGGCCAGGUUCAUAAGUUCUCCGCGCUUUGCCCGCACCUGAAGGGCGUGGUCUGCUGGAAUACGACUGAGAAGAGUUGGGAUUGCCCGGUUCAUGGGAGCAGGUUUAGUAAGGAUGGUGUGCAGCUGUGUGGGCCGGCGAAGAUGGGUCUUGGGCCUGCGAAUGAGAGUGGUGAGAAGAUGCAGCAGCAGGCUAUUAAGGGCUGA